AUGUUGCGGCUUAUUACAUUAGCGGUUGUCUGCUGUAGCUUCGCGUGGGGCGAGCCGGAAACCCUGCCCGUUCCAGAAGCAAGUCCUUCAACUGCACCCGUUGUACCGGUUGUGUCUACACCAGUCCCGACUUACGACCCUUACUACAAUAACCAGUAUUACAAUAAAGGAUACUAUAAUGAAUAUAAUGGUGUGAAUGUGCCAAUAUUAACGUACUCCAGCGAGAAUGCCGGAGACGGAACUUAUUCUUUCAGUUUUACUACCGGCGAUGGCAAGCAAGUUCAGGAAAACGGAUUUUUGAAAGACACAUACGUCGACAACGCUGGUGAACCCCAAGGAACGCAGGUUGUCCAAGGAAGUUAUUCGUACGUCGCUCCUGAUGGCACGCCAGUCCAAGUUUCCUAUGUUGCUGAUGAAAACGGUUUUAGACCGACCGGUCCCCACAUUCCCAGUGAUGGUAAAGCACCCGUUGUUGCACCGGUUGUUGUAGACAAGGUUAACGCGGUCUACGAGCCAAACUACAACCGGUACAACCCGACGGACUACCGCAACCAAUACAACAACCAAUUUGGACAGUACAACCGGCCUUACAACACCAGAUACCCUUACGAUUCAAGAAAUCCCUACAAUUCUGGAAGAUACAAUCCUUACAACAACUACAACAACCAAUAUUACAACAAUUUCAACCCAUUCUCUACAGCAGUACCUAGUACCAUCCAACCGAAGAGCGAAUCCUCGUAA